AUGAACUAUCAGUUAUCUGCCAACGAGUGUCCGCGUGGGAGACUUUGCAAUUUCAUGCAUCCGAAAACCGUACAUCCCUCGCUCUGUCGGAAGCUCUUCAAACGGAGCAUGAAACUAGCUGAACGCAGACGCAGGUACAGCUCUCGCUCUUCUUCCACCUCCUCUCAUGCUCGUAAACGUCCUCGUUCACCAGACGGACGGUCUACACGGCGAUAA